UUGAACAUACGAAAUAAAUCGAGAGAUUUUGAAGGCGAGUGGAUUGUUUCCACAAGAAGUGAAAGAAGAAAAUCAAAGUAUCUACAAUCUAUACAAGUUAGAAUAUUCGUGGUAUUGAAGUAUUUGGUGAGAAAGUGAAAAGAGUGAAAUCAGAGAAAAAUGCCUGCAGUUGGAAUUGACUUGGGAACGACGUAUUCGUGCGUUGGCGUGUUCCAGCACGGGAAGGUGGAGAUCAUUGCAAACGACCAAGGAAACAGGACAACUCCCAGCUAUGUGGCGUUCACGGACUCGGAACGGUUGAUCGGAGAUGCGGCCAAGAACCAGGUUGCGAUGAAUCCAAAGAACACAGUGUUUGAUGCGAAACGGUUGAUUGGACGCAAGUACGAUGACCAGAAAAUCCAGGCGGAUCUGAAGCAUUGGCCGUUCACGGUGAAAAGCGACAGUGGCAAACCAAAGAUCUGCGUAGAGUUCAAAGGGGAGCAGAAACGAUUCGCACCUGAAGAAAUCAGUUCAAUGGUGCUGACGAAGAUGAAGGAAACAGCGGAAGCGUACCUGGGUGAAUCGGUGACGGACGCAGUAAUCACAGUUCCAGCUUAUUUCAACGACUCACAGCGUCAAGCCACAAAAGACGCUGGAGCAAUCGCUGGUCUGAAUGUUCUGAGGAUAAUUAACGAACCAACGGCUGCGGCUCUCGCCUACGGGCUGGACAAGAAUCUCUCUGGUGAACGAAACGUACUAAUUUUCGACUUGGGUGGCGGAACAUUCGACGUUUCCAUCCUAACAAUAGACGAGGGUUCACUGUUCGAGGUGCGGGCCACCGCAGGUGACACACAUUUGGGAGGCGAGGACUUCGACAAUCGUCUGGUGUCCCAUCUGUCGGAUGAAUUCAAGCGCAAGUACAAGAAGGACCUUACAUCAAAUCCUCGAGCCCUUCGUCGGUUAAGAACGGCAGCUGAAAGGGCUAAACGCACACUAUCAUCGAGUACGGAAGCCUCAAUUGAAAUCGACGCCCUGUACGAAGGAAUCGAUUUCUACACGAAAAUAUCCAGAGCUCGAUUCGAGGAGUUUUGCGCAGAUUUGUUCCGUUCCACACUGCUCCCCGUGGAGAAAGCCCUGAACGAUGCUAAAAUGGACAAGUCACAGAUUCACGAUAUCGUGAUGGUUGGAGGAUCGACUCGUAUUCCGAAGGUUCAAAACAUGUUACAGAACUUCUUCAACGGCAAGAGUCUGAACUUGUCCAUCAACCCAGAUGAGGCUGUUGCCUACGGUGCAGCGGUGCAAGCUGCGAUCCUUAGUGGCGACAAGAGUUCAAAGAUCCAAGACGUUUUGCUUGUGGAUGUGGCUCCUCUGUCACUUGGUAUCGAAACAGCUGGAGGUGUGAUGACGAAGAUAGUUGAACGCAACUCGAGGAUCCCGUGCAAACAGACACAGACAUUCUCGACAUAUUCGGACAACCAACCCGCAGUGACGAUCCAAGUAUUCGAAGGAGAACGUGCUAUGACGAGAGAUAACAACCUGUUGGGCACAUUCGAUCUGGCGGGUAUUCCUCCAGCACCUCGAGGGGUACCGAAAAUCGAGGUAACAUUCGAUCUAGAUGCAAACGGUAUCUUGAACGUCUCAGCUAAAGACACGAGUACUGGAAAUGCGAAGAACAUCACCAUCAAGAACGAUAAGGGCAGGUUGUCUCAGGCUGAAAUCGACAGAAUGUUGGCAGAGGCGGAAAGGUACGCGGAAGAAGAUGAGAAGCAGAGGCAACGAGUUGCAUCAAGAAAUCAAUUGGAAGGCUACGUGUUUGGCGUGAAACAAGCAGUUGAGGGAGCCGGAGACAAACUGUCGCAGUCUGAUAAGGAAACCGCCCUCAAGGUCUGUGAUGAAACAAUCAAAUGGUUGGAUAGUAACAGCUUGGCGGACAAGGAAGAGUAUGAGCACAGACUGAAGGAGGUGACAAGUCAAUGCAGUCCAAUCAUGACAAAGAUCCACACUGGUGGUGCCCAACAAGGUAGCAGCUGUGGUCAGCAAGCGGGCGGUUUUGGGGGUGCUCGGUCAGGGCCCACGGUUGAGGAAGUCGACUAAAGCUGUUACAGAGAUAAUCGUUCCAUAGUUUAAGUAAAUUAUUAACUUAACUUCCAACAAGUGAUUGACAGACUGAUUAUUUAUUUGUAUUGAGAUGUGUGAAUGGUUAGGAUUUUCAAAUUGUACUGAGUUUCGACUCUACUCGUAUUUCUCAGUUGAGCUAAAUAUUUUUUAUUCCUGUAUAACAUUAGAAGUUGUAUUCUUUUCUUAAUUUUGAAAAGAAUCAAUAAAUGUUGAAUUUGGAGAAAGAA